AUGGCUUGCAUUUACUGCCGUCGAAGCCAUAUGACUUGUGAUGAAAAUCGGCCGUGUCAGCGUUGUAUCAAGCGUGAUAUUGGCCACUUGUGCCGAAACGAAGUGACACCGCCCAACGCAGGCUCCGCACGGAAUCGAAACGCACGUAAGCAAGUGGCGAAUGCCACUGUGACGCAACAACCCAACGCAAUGCUGGCAGCCCCACCCAUGAUAGGUGUCAAUGGGAUGCAGACCAAUCCUACGGUUAUGAGGCAUGACCUCAGUACCAAUGCCACUAGCCCUAGCCUUAUGGCAUUAGAGCAUAGCAUGUCCAAUGUACAUCGGCCUUCCUUCCAUGCAGACUCUCUGGCAGGGCAUCCUAUGACCUCGUCCAACUUUGAGUCUGCAGGUAUACCUCCUUUCGAUGUCAACUUCUCUAGCUCACAUUCGGAUGCAUCUUUGGCAUCGUCGCCGAAGUCAAAGCGCGAGCUGGAUCCAGCUAUGCCACUACUGCGCCAGCUUCAGAGCAUUUCUUCGAGCGCACCGAGCAGUGCAGAGACGGUAUCACUGCACUCCUUCAACAACCCUUCAUCGCAGUCAAUGUUCACAGACCCUUCCUUUGCGAUGCGUCCCUCGGCUAUGCGCCAGGAAGGAGAGAAAGGCCCAUCGGUAUUGGGCACGCAGCUCGGCAAUACGGCAUGGUUGGGACUGGGCGGGUCAAUGCAUCAUACGGGUGACGCCGGUGGUGGCAGCGAACUCAACCUACUUAGUGAGUUCCUUGAGUCGCUGGAUGAUCAUGGCGUGAGCCAGACGGAUGACGUCACCUCGUUCCAGCAGCCAUCAGACAACAACAUGUCGGGGCCCAUGUCACUGUUCCAACGCCCAUCGACCAACAGCUUGCUGGAUACGCCACCAUCCAUGGUAGGUGAUACAAUGGAUCCAAGUUCCGCUUCGUUCACCCAUGACCCUACGCUGGGUUUCUUACCUUCUACAUCCGUGAGGACGGGCAACUACAGCCCUAUGAUGCGUCCUCACCGACGGACAUUGAGUGAUGUGGCUGGAAUCAAAGAGGGAUCCAAUGAAGCACAAGACACGUCAGAGGUGAUGGCUGCAUCCACUCCCUGCAUUGGUACAAGCUUGGAACAACAGUCCAGCCAAGGACAACGUUCCGCCUUGUACCCGCCUUAUAUCAGUAAAACCGCAACGAAAACAGAGCGCUUCCUGCUUACAGCAGCCGACCAAUCCGAUGGAAGUCGAGAUGAGCGUCUCCAUAAGGUGAUUCAAGCGAAAUGGGAAGCUGGUUUGUUGCGGCCGUACAACCAUGUGCAUGGCUACGCACGCUUGAAUCAGUGGAUGGAGAAGAAUGUAUCCGCGUCCUCACGGCGCCGUAUUCUGAAGCCAUUGACCGUAUUCCAACCAGUAUUCAGUGCGCUCGCCAAAAAUCUCACGAGCUUUGACUUGAUGUACAUUGAAGAAUCGUUUGAACGCCUGUUACUAAACUAUGAUCGUGUAUUUUCGAUUCAAGGGAUCCCUGCAUGCCUAUGGCGACGUACAGGAGAAAUUUACAAAGGCAACAAAGAGUUUGCUGAGCUUGUCGGCAUUCCCAUUGAAUCGCUGCGAGAUGGGCGUGUGUGUAUAUAUGAGUUGAUGGCUGAGGAGAGUGCGGUGAACUACUGGGAGAAGUACGGCUCCGUGUCCUUCGAUCCAAGCCAAAAGGCCGUGCUGACUAUGUGCAAACUACGGACCAAUAACCAAGCUCUGGCUAGUGCUAUGAACACGGCCCAUUCUGAGAAAAAGACGGAGCCUAGUGACGCCCAAAAGGAAGGUUCCAACGAUCCUUUAGACCAGGAUGCGACGAACCAGCCAGAUAUGACUUCGAAAGAAAGCAUGACGACAACAGCAACAAAACCGCCAGCCGAUCCGCUGGAGGUCAAGGCACGGGCCAAGGAACCUGCCUGUAUAUCCUGCUGCUUUAGCUUUACGAUUCGCCGAGACAAAUGGAAUGUACCUACUAUGAUUGUGGGCAAUUUCUUGCCCACGCAUCCAGCACCGACAUCAUAG